AUGAAGGUUGAACAACAUAUAAUGCCGGAUGAGGCAAUUCAUUUGAUUGAAAACAAGGUAUUAAGAGAAAUGAAAAUGUUUGAAAUAUACUAUGCUAAUGACCUAUAUUAUUUGGCGUUAUUUAAAGGGAAAUAUCAUCUACAAAUGAGAUAUCUUACUUUAGUUUUAAUGGCAAUUCAGUGCAUUUGCGUUGUAUUAUGCAUGAAGUUGAGUGUCACUUAUCCAGCAAGUGAUGGAAAGCAAUACUUGACUCCGGUCGCUGUAGUUAUGGGCGAAAUCUUGAAAUUAUUUACUUCUCUUUUCAUGAUUUUUCAGAUUUCAGGUGGGAAUUCGAUUAAGGAAUUUAUCUGCGCUUUAAAGUGUGAGUUUUUGUAUGAUAUAAAAGGAAAUCUUCUAAUAAUUAUUCCUGGUAUUUUAUUCUUAUUCCAAAACAACCUUACAUAUAUUGCGCUUGAACAUCUUCCUGCUUCGGUUUACCAAGUUACAGCACAAUUGAAAGUGCUAACUACCGCAAUAUUUAGUGUUGUAUUAUUGAAAAGAAGACUUGGUUCUACUAGAUGGUUUGCUUGUUUUUUGCUUUUUGUUGGAGUAUUAUUAGUUCAAAAGUCGUCUAAUGUUAGAAAUAAGGGAAAUAUUGACUCUUUCAGGUUCAUGAUUGGUUUUUUGGCAUCUGUCACGUGCUCUAUCACAUCUGGUCUUGGAUCUGUUAUUAUUGAAAAAGUAGUCAAGGGCUCAGAAAAUAUUAAGAGCUCUUCAUCUGCUACUGAUAUUGAAAACACUGCAAAACUUGACAAUUUAAUAGAAAAAGUACCUAAUUCUGAGUUUAAAUACAAAUCUACAGUUUGGGGCAGAAAUGUAAUCUUAUCCCUUAUUGGAAUAUUUGGAGGGUCUCCAAUUGCUUGGAUAUCGUGUAAAGAAAAAAUCCUUAGAGAUGGAAUUUUUCAGGGAUUCUCUUGGUUAACUAUUUUGGUUAUUUUUCUGAAUGCCUAUGGAGGUUUUAUAGUUAUUGGUGUUUUAAAGUAUUCGGACAGUAUUAUGAAAUGUUUUUUCAAUGCAUUAACUAUUGUUCUCAUUACAAUAUUAUCUUGGGCAUUUUUGGGGGAUAGCACACCUUCAAUUAAAUUCUUCAUUGCAUCCGCAAUUGUAAUAGUAGCUGUUAAUAUUUAUACAUUAAAUAAAGUUCUCCCAGAUUCAUCUUGCACAGAGUUGUUGAGAAUAUUCGGAUUUAAGAAGAGAAACGCUGAUUUUUGUUAG